GCUUUCGCUCCUUGGUAUUUCUUGUCAGUAGGUUGCAUCUGUCCCUCGGCUUUGCCUUCUCGUUCUUUUCCCCGCUGCUUCCCAAGGAUUCGGGGACUGAUGGCCGGUCUUGAGACGGGGCUCUGCAAAACGCUGUGGGAAGCAAAACCUGAUCGUGGGCACAAAGCAGGAGGUGGCUGCCUGGGAAGCAGUGGUUCGCCCAGCGCCGUGCUGCCCACGUGGGGCAGGGACCUGGAGCUCAGUUAUUUGGCUCGGGUCUGUCCAGCCCUGCUCCGCAUGUGUAAUGCUUUUCCUCAAAGAGCGAACAAUGAGAUGAGUGAAAAACAUUCUCCGGUCUCAGGAUCUGGCAGAAGUCCUAGUAAGUCUGCAGAAGUAUGUUUUUGUCAGUGCUGCUUAUUCUGCGAGGGGAGCUUGUAUAAACUAUUCCAGUCAAAAACCUUUUCCUGGAAUGGAGUUCUGACAGCUCAGAACACUCUCAGGACAACGGGGCUCUGCUCGCACCGUGGAGGCUGAAUGGGGUGGUGAGAACGCUCGUGCACAAGGCACACCGCCUGCCCUGUGCUGUGCUCAGCCGAAAAAAACAAAACACCUGCACGUAGUAAUGUGGAAACAAAACAAGCUGUCCCCCUACCGGGACGUGUCACCAUCCAUCCCCGUGGCCGGACGGGUCCUUGCAGCAGCAGAGCCGGGGUUUGGGUUUCUCCUGUCCCGCCGCGUCCCCGUGUGCGGCAGCGGAGUGCUCGGAGCACCGCAGGUGUCACCGGGCUCCGAGGGCCUGAAAAUGUGAAAGAAUGUGAAAAAUGUGAAAGUCAUCAUGCUGGCCCCGAGACUGCAAACUUCUGGUUAAUGUGUAAUAAGUACAUGGCGGAUCCUCCUGGCUGGAGCUCUGUGGCUGGCAGCUAGGAGCUGGCGGUGGCAUCCCUGGGCGCAGCCCCAGAGGCACCUUUUCCUAUCCUGCCUUUCCCCAGCAGUCUCCUGCAGAAGCUAUGGGGCUUUCCUGAACUGGUUUGUCUGGUUCCACCUUAUCCCCCUCCGUCGUCGUGCUGUGAACCAUGUUAUCUGGCAUGCAAAAACACACUUUCACUUUGUUGUUGUUUUCUUCAUGACUCCUGGUUACACGGCACCCGUCUGACAGCCAGCUGGGCAGCCCCGGUGUCACAGCGAGCCCGCACGGCGCUGGCACUGCGGCACCCCGACCCUCGGUGCAGGUUGUCUGGCGAGUCGAGGAGGCCUCGAUCCCUGCAGGAGUUCCCACCGGACAAGGCAGAGGAUUCCUGACAGCUUUCAGCAGGGCUGCGGUGAUUCUUACCCACGUGGGACACUUCAGAGAGCUGGGAACAAGGAGUGCCAGCUGUGCCUGUGUGUGAAGGAUGGAGCAGAUGUUUCGGCUGGCUCAGUAGCUGAGCUGGUGGAGCAGCACCUGGCACGCAGCCUGGCCCUGGAGGAGCAUUUCAGAGGGAGCAUCUCCCCGUGAGCACCAUGGGGACCCCAGCCCCAUGGUCCGUGCUGCUCCUUGCCACGCUGGUGGGGCUCUGCGCUCCCCCUGCAGCACAGGGGAAGCCGAACUUCAUCAUCAUCCUGGCAGAUGAUCUGGGCUGGGGAGACCUGGGGGCCAACUGGGCCGAGACAAAGGAGACCCCGCAUUUGGAUGAGUUGGCUGCCGAAGGGACAAGGUUCGUGGAUUUCCACUCGGCUGCCUCCACCUGCUCGCCAUCCCGCGCCUCUCUGCUCACGGGGCGGCUCGGCGUGCGCAAUGGGGUGACCCACAACUUCGCCAUCAGCUCGCUGGGCGGCCUGCCCCUCAAUGAGACCACGCUGGCCGAGGUGCUGCGGGCGGCGGGGUACAGCACAGCAGCUAUAGGCAAAUGGCACCUGGGGCACCACGGCCGCCACCACCCCAUCUUCCGUGGGUUCGACUAUUACUUUGGGAUCCCCUACAGCCACGACAUGGGCUGCACGGACACCCCUGGCUACAACGUGCCACCCUGCCCACCCUGCCCACAGCACGGCGUGGCCACCAGCCCCACCAACAAGGACUGCUACACAGAUGUGGCCCUUCCUCUCUUUGAGAACCUCACCAUUAUCCAGCAGCCCGUCAACCUCAGCAGCCUGGUGGAGUGGUACGUGGAGAAGGCAGCGCGCUUCAUCCAGCAAGCAAGGGACAGCGGCCGUCCCUUCUUCCUCUACCUGGCACUGGCCCACAUGCACGUGCCGCUGCAGAUCGCCCCGCCACCGGACAGGGGCAUCUAUGGGGCUGCCCUGCGCGAGAUGGACGCCCUGGUGGGACGUGUCAAGCUCCUGGCUGACCGCUUUGGGAAGGGCAGCACGCUGCUGUGGUUCACAGGUGACAACGGCCCUUGGAUGCAGAAGUGUGAGCUGGCGGGACGCCUGGGGCCGCUGCUGGGGGCCUGGCAGAGGGCACGAGGAGGCAGCCCCGCCAAGCAGACCACGUGGGAAGGAGGGCACCGGGUGCCGGCAGUGGUGUACUGGCCUGGCCACAUCCCUGCCAAGCGGAGCAGCCACGCCAUGCUGAGCACCCUGGACAUCUUCCCCACGCUGGUGGCACUGGCUGGAGCCACACUUCCCCCGAACAGGCGCUUUGAUGGCGUGGACGUGUCCCCGGUUCUCUUCGGGCUGUCGGAUGUGGGACACAAGAUGCUGCUCCACCCCAACAGCGGGGCAGCGGGGAAGGACGGGGAGGUCGAGGCGCUGCGGCUGGCUCAGUACAAGGCAUUCUACACCACAGGAGGGGCAAAGGCUUGUGAUGGAAGCACUGGGCCAGAAGAGCAUCACUGGCCACCGCUCAUUUUCAACUUGGAUCGUGAUAUCCAAGAGCAGGAGCCUUUGGAUGUGGCAUCCAGGGAGUAUCAGGCGGCGCUGCCUGCAAUCAGCAGGGCUUAUGCCCAGGCCCUGGAGGAUAUUGCAACAGACAACGUCACGGUUGCAGACUACUCCAAGGACCCGGCAGCGGUGCCCUGCUGCAGUGCUCAGCACGUGGCCUGCCGAUGCCACGCACCCGCGCCUCACACAGCCUCCCUGGACCAGCACAUGGACAGAGGAGCGACACGGCUUUGUCUGUAAGCAAAUAAUUGCUCAAGCUGCUCCUUUUCUAAUCCCGGUUUCUGUGAAUGGGACUGCUGUUCAUGCUGGCUGCAGGAUCGAGGUUGGCCAGGGGGCAGGGGUGGAGGCUGCAGCUCCCUGUGCCCUGUGCCUUGCAGUGCAGGUGAGGUAGUGGUGUGUCUGGGGGAGCAGGCAGAGGGUCCCCUUUGCUGCAGCUCCAUGCAGAGCAGCACUGUCCCUCUGGCUGGAGCAGUUACUGCAGCACCUGGUGGCUCUGGGCUUUUUGUAGGGCUACACGUCCCUGACACCUUGCUAGAUGGGAUGCUUGGCGUGUCCUGCAGCUGCUGUGCAUUGCAUAGCAGAGGCCAGAGAUUGUUCUGGGACAAGUGUCCAAGUCCUGAUAUUUUGACAGGCUUUGUGUAAACAGGUGUGCAAUGCAGAACCGGGGGAACCGCUCCCUGUCAACUCCCUGCAUUUUUUAGGGAGCUCAUGGGGAGGGCCCCAGGGUCUCCGGGAAACCCAGGGCUGCAGGCAGACACGGCUCCUGCCGACCCCGAUGCGAUGCUGCAGGGCUGGGUGAAGCUCUUGUGGGACAUUUGUGUGCACAUGCGAAACCCUGGGGAGCUGCAGAGGCAAAACUGAAGCUGCAGCUGAAAUUCAGAAACCACCAGGAUUUCCCAGCAGCUGAGCGAGGGUUUUCUGAAACGCAUUUGGACUCCAAAUUACGCACCCAGGUCUUUCUUUGGACAAGCCGUAAGCGGCUUGUCUCAAGCAAACCAAGGUGUUACAUGAGCCACAGAGAACUGGGAGUUGUAAUUACGGGCAGCGCUGCUGAAAUGAGAGGGGCUGCCCAACCGUUUGCAAUUAGCACUGGCCCUCAGCCUCCCGCAGCAGCGCAGUGUGGCUUUGGCUGGGCUGGGUCUGGACGGUGCCGGAGCCGCCGACCUCUCAGCAGCGCCCCAAACCCAAACGCUAAAGUUUAAUCAAGACUGACAUCUUUAGGGCCCCACAAAGAACAGCAGGAGCGCGGGCAGCGAGCUGCCAGGGACGGACUGUGAGUUUAUUCUGUCUGUAGCCGUAGCAAAUCGCAGCUUCUCGUGUAUCACCGCAAAAAUACGUUGCUUGGGUAAAAUAGUACGUACUGUACAAAGACAUAAGUUUAAUAUAUCUUCCUAUAAGUACAUUUAUACACAUAAAACGGCAUAAAUUAGAAAAGGGUAAAACAGGUAUAUAAAAUUCUGGUUACAUACAAA